CAUAUAUAUAUUGAACAUUGUGCGUGUCCGUAUCUCGCGCAAUCAAGUCAGGAACCGGCAGCAUUUGGCGACGAGUAAGCCAUGAAUAACGCGUCGGGGUCCAUCGUUCAUGUGGCCUUCGUCCCAAGUGCAGGUUUGGGACAUCUCACCCCUUGUCUCCGACUCGCCGCCUUGUUCCUCCGCCACCAAUAUUGCCACGUCACUCUCAUCACCCCCAAGCCCACCGUCUCCCUCGCCGAGUCCCAUCUCAUCUCUCGCUUUUGCUCUUCCUUCCCCGAUCAAGUCUCCCAAAUCGAUCUCCAUCUCCUUCCUUUUGAUCCCACCUCUGAAAACUCCUCCGACCCUUUCUGGCUUCACUUUGAACGCAUACGUCGCUCUCUACACCUUCUCGCCCCCAUACUCUCUUCUCUCACACCUCCUCUCAGUGCUUUCGUCUACGAUGUUAGUUUGAUUUCUGGUAUGAUUCCUGUCUCUGAGAGCCUCGCUGUUCCUAGUUAUAUCUACUUCAUCGCUACCGCCAGAAUGUUCUCGUUCUUCUCACACCUGUCUGUUCUUGAUGCGGCUAAGAAACAUGCCGGCGGUCACCCUGCUUCGUUUAUCGGUGAUGCUGUUGAGAUCCCAGGGAUUCAUUUGCCAGUACCCAGAUCUUCGAUCCCUCCUCUGCUUCUCGUUCCGGGAAGUUUGUUUGAGAAGAUAUUCAUGGAGGACAGUCCUAGGCUGACGAAACUCGAUGGGAUUUUCAUUAACACAUUUGAAGAAAUGGAAGAGGAAGCUGUGGCGGCUCUCAAUGCCGGAAAAGUAGUUCCAGGGUUGCCUCCAGUGCAUGCCGUUGGCCCUUUAAUGCCCUGCGAGUUUGAGAAGGAACAAGAUCAAGACAUGUCGGCCAAUUCGCCAUUGAAGUGGCUUGAUGCUCAACCAGAAGGGUCAGUGGUGUAUGUUUGCUUCGGCAACAGGACUGCGACAACGAGGGAGCAACUAAAAGAGAUGGCAGAAGGGUUACUGCGAAGCGGCUAUAGAUUCCUAUGGGUGGUGAAGCUGAAGAUGGUGGACAAGGAAGACGACGAAGAUCUGGAACAAGUGCUAGAACCAGAGGUGAUGAAGAAGAUGAAGGAGAAGGGUCUUGUGGUGAAGACAUGGGUGAACCAAGGAGAGAUUCUGGGGCACACUUCUGUGGGAGGAUUUUUGAGCCAUGGAGGAUGGAACUCGAUAGUGGAAUCCAUAUGGCAUGGAGUGCCUAUUCUGUCAUGGGGUCAGAAUGGAGAUCAGAAGAUAACGUCGGAGGUGGUGGCGGAGAGCGGGACCGGAGUGUGGCCGGUUGAGUGGGGUUGGGGAGGAGAGGCUGUGGUGAAAGCGGAGGAGAUAGGGAAGGCAGUGAGAGAGAUCAUGAGCAGCGAAUCUCUGAAGGCGAGAGCCUUACAACUCAAAGAGGCUGCAAGGAAGGCCGCAGGUGUUGGGGGAAGCUGUGAGGUCAAAAUCAGGACAAUGAUUGAAAAGUGGAAGAAGAAGAACGUGGUUUAUUAAUUAAUUAGGGUUUAGACGUUAAUGGAAUGUAAAAUAUUUUUAAAACUAACUAAAGAGCUGGUAUUUGUCUCCUUGUCCCUAUUUUACUUA